UCCCUCUUGUGGCCACCGGCAGCGUCGACAGAGUUUAACGAGGUAAUGUUUUUCUCGCAGGCAGCAGCUGUAUGGGGGAUAACAAGCCUGUGGAUCUCACUGCCGUUUUCUAGCUCUGUCAUUCCUGCACUCAUGAACUAAAGAACAUCUGUGCCGUUUUUGGAAAAUAACCACCUAAAAAAAGUGUGAUAUUGGCGAGGAAAAGACGAGCGUUUCCGUCCGCGCUGCUUUGUUUAUCUUCAUGGAGUCGUCGGACCGGAGUUUGUCUGAGAUCUCUGCGCUGUCCGUGGAUUAACUCGGGACUCGCCUCUUCUGUGGAGAGCCGUGAUAUAUCUAUCCCAACUAUUAGCGUGGAUUGCGUCGCACACGGACAGUUUGGGAGCUAAUUAUUCUCACUUUAGGGGAAAUAAAGUGGAAAUUGUAUCAAGUGAAUGAAUGCGGGACCAACGGACACUUGUUGAAACAGUUUAAAGCGUCGCUGUUCUGUCGCAGCAUUUUAGCCGAAGAGGUUAAAAACUUGAGGUUUUUUUUUAGCAGAAGAAGACAACAAAAGGAUACGUUGUUUAAAAUUAUAGACAUGGUCCGUUCAGCAGCUUAGCUAAAGGGGUUAGCUGCCGAUGUUCGUUCAGUUGUGUUGUGUUAGCAACAUGCUAACGUUAUCUUAACAUUCAAACAAGUAGUUUGUUCAAAUGCGCUAAUAUGAAGUUAAAUACGCACAUAAGUUGCUGUUUAUCAAUGUAUUCUCGAAACUAAGUGUGAAUAAUUUCCAAACAUUAAAACAGCAGCAGAGUUUUAAUUUAUUUCGCUACAAGUAAUCGGGGGAUAACUUUUAUGACAGCUUAACGUUAGCUUAGCCGCGUUAGCAGGACCAGGCGAACGGAGUCAGUUUGCGGCAACUUGGUACUGCCGCUCAUGUGCGGAGUGUUUCCAGGGAUUCUAAUGGGUCUGCAGCUGCGGUCUCAGAGAGGUUUUGGAAGAUAAACAGCCGCCCGCCUCAUCUCCAGAACGGUCUUCCACUUUUCUACCCCCCCGCUAAAGUUUUUAAACUGCGGCCCGCACAAUGUCCGGCUCUACGGGCACAGGUGGCUCCAACCCCAGGAAGUUCAGCGAGAAGAUCGCACUGCACAACCAGAAGCAAGCAGAGGAGACGCGGGCCUUUGAGCAGCUCAUGACCGACCUCACCGUAUCCAGGGUGCAGUUCCAGAAGGUCCAGCAGCUCCGUCUGUCCCAGUCCCGGGUGCAGUACUAUGGUGGCUCUCUGCCCAACGUCAAUCAGAUCGGCAACACCAACGCAGAUUUUCAGGGUGGCUUCCCCUCGGGGCUGGACUCGGUCCGGGGGACCCGCCACCACGGGCUGGUGGAGCGGGUCCACAGGGACCGGAACCGCAUCAACUCUCCUCACCGCCGACCCAUCGACAAGCACGGCCGGCAGAUGGAGAGCUCUCCGUAUGGAGCCGUGUACCUGUCGCCGCCGCCAGACAACAGCUGGAGAAGGGAACAGCAGCCAUGGACUGAGGAAAAACGGCCGGGGUUUAGAUUAAUAUCACAGCUCAACAGAACCAACUCGGACUCUGCUCUGCAUACGAGCGCUAUGAACCCAAACCCCCAGGACCCCUUCGGCAUGAACCAGCAGAUGGGCCGAGGUCCUCCGCAGCGCAAUGGCUGGCAUGCAGCUAGUGUCAAUGAGGCCGACGUAGACGGCAGUGGAGACGUCUUUUCCUUUCCUGCUCUGCCGAACGAGGAGAAUCUGAUGGACAUUGGGAAACCUCUUCCCAAGCAGCUGUGGGAGGCCAAGAAGGUCCAGUCUCUGGCAUCAAGACCUAAAUCAUGUGAAGUGCCUGGAAUCAAUAUAUUCCCGUCUCCGGAGCAGAACCCGGGUCUGUCCCACUACCAGGGCUCGCUGAGUACCGGUGGCUCUCUGCCGGACCUCAGCAACCUGCAGUUCCCCUCGCCGCUGUCCACCCCGCUGGACCCUGAGGACGGCAGUGGUUACCCCAACCUGAGCGGAGGCAGCAGCACAGGAAACCUGCCGGCCGCCAUGAUGCACCUCGGCAUUGGGAACUCACCGGGUCUGUCCUCCUCGUUGAGUAACCCGUCCAUCCAGGCGUCCCUCAACAACUGCCAGCUCCAGUCGUCGCUCAGCAACCCGUCCAUCAACUCGUCCGUGCGUCUGCCCAGCAGCUCGCCCCGCCGGCGGCCUGCUCCCAUCAGCCCCCUCACCCUGUCUCCUGGAGCCGAGCAGCGCAGGGGUCUGUCUAAGCAGCUGUCUCCCACCAUGUCCCCCUCGCUGUCCCCCAUCACACAGGGCGUCGCCUUGGAUACCAGCAACAUGCCAAGGGAACCGCCUCCGCCGUACCCGAUGUACCAGCAGCCACAGCAUGGAGUGGAUCACGGCCGACCGCACCAGCAGCACCAACAGCAUCAACACCAACAGCAGCAUCAACAGCAUCAACAGCAUCAACAGCAUCAACAGCACCAACAGCAUCAACAGCACCAACAGCACCAACAGCACCAACAGCAGCACCAACAGCAGCACCAACAGCACCAACAGCAGCACCAACAGCAGCAACAGCAGCAGCAACAGCACCAACAGCAGCACCAACAGCAGCAACAGCACCAACAGCAUCAACAGCAUCAACAGCACCAACAGCAGCACCAACAGCACCAACAGCAGCAACAGCCUGUCUCACCUCUUCAGAACAUCCCUCUGGACUUCAAUACAAGCCAGGCAAACAGCUUGGCGUCGCUCUUCAGCGACCCGUUUGUGGAGCAGCAGUUCUCGACCCGGCAGAACAAGACGCUGCCCUAUCAGUUGGACCAGUUCAGCCUGCUGGAAAACGCUCUGAGCUCCUCAGCAGGGGGCUCCUGCUACGACCCGUCGUCCUCCUCCUCGCUCUACUACUCGCAGGCGGCGCUGUCCGGCCUGGGGGGUAGCCAUGGAAACCUGCAGGACCCCUCCCACAUGAGGGCCAACAUGCUGUACGCGAACUGCAGCGGAGGGCUGCCCAACAUCAUCCUCACAGAUGACUCCAACCCGAGUCUGUCCAAGGACAUCAGCAACGCCCUCUCCACUGUUCCCGAGUGCUUCGACUCGGAGGGAGGCUUCCCGCUGGAGGACGAGCUGCGCAUCGAGCCGCUCAGCCUGGACGGACUGAGCAUGCUCAGUGACCCCGACAUGGUGCUGCCCGACCCGUCUGUGGAGGACACGUUCCGCAGCGACAGACUCUGAGGGCAGAGUGCCGCCGCAGCCGGAACCGCCGUGUUGGGAAUGUGAGCAAACGGUUCACUCUGCUGCAGGUCUGUCAUCUUGUUUUAAAAUCUGAUCUGGGAUCUGGUUCAGCCCCCAUCCCCUCCUCAAGCCAAAAAAAAAAAAGAAUAAAACGAGAUCCAGGAGCGCCGGAGUCCCUCCUGCGUUUUUUUAUUUUCCCCCUCAGUGCCAGAUACCCUGAAGCCAUGGAAACACCAUAACCAUGGUUACACACCAUAGCAACCCCAUCACCGUGCAGAAGAGCAGCAGAAAUCCAACACACAAUUUACGUUUUCUGUUGCGGCUGUAAUAAAAAAAGGAGCCGGGUUCCAGGCGGCACCGGCAGCUGGAGCGGAAAACCCGGUUCUGGUGGAAAUGAAGAAGAAAAAAACAAAAAAAGGAGGGAUUAAACUUUUUCAAAUGUUUCUUUACAUGCGGUGUCAGAAUGUUUUGUAAUGUAUGCUUAGAUAGAUAGAUGUGUGUGUGUGUGUAUAUAUAUAUAUAUAUAUAUCUAUAUAUAUACAUACAUACAUAUACAUUCUUAAAAAAGAGCCGAUUAGAGCGUAUUUUCAAAUGAGACAAAAAGGGCAAACUGUUUACAAAUAUGAGACUGUAUAAAAAUGGCAGAUAUUUUGAAUUGAUCGGAUCGAGUUCAAACUCUAUUUUUCUCACCUUUUGGACGAACGUUUGGGUUCCUUCCUACUUCAUUUUUUUACCUUUCUGUUGCAGAUUUUCUUGCCCUGCGUAUGAUUUUUGUUUUACAUUUUGUACCGACAUGUACAUUUGCUUGUACUGUACCUAAUUGUGAAUAAGGGCAUGCGCUACUGUGGAUCCACUUUUCUGUUUUUGUUACUGAAGUUAAAGGAACCCCCACCGCCGGAGCAGACUGACCGUGUGAACAUCGGACACCUUGUAAAAAUGCACUUAAACUCUUUUUUUAUUUUAUUUUAUUUUUUUGCACUAAUUGGUUCACAUUGUGUAGAUUUUUUUUUUUUUUUUUACACCGUUUUUAGCUGAUUAACCCAAAGAAGAAGAACGAAGCCAUCAGUAAGAGACUUUAAUCGACGGCACACCAUGUUUGGUUCAUAUUUGAUGUAAAAAAAUCCGAUUUUCUGUUUGUGCUCUUGUGAUUUCUCCCUGUAGCUCAUUUCUGCAGUGGGUUAUGUAACAGCUCAGUGGUGGUGGGCAUUGAGCGCCCCCUUGUGUCAAUUUUGAAGAAGAGCCUUUGAUGUUUGCUCUUUUGUUGUUUCCUAUGCAACCUUUUUCCACGUGAAACCUGUUGAACAGGUGCAGCUUUAUGCAGUGCAACAUGGCUCUCUGGUUUUUUGUCUUUUGUUAAACCUACACAAUGUGAGGGAUCAAAUUAUUUUUAUCCUACAAAAACAAAAAAAUACUGCAUGUGUCCCCUGGCUAUGUUGUUGUUUGCUCUGAGAAGAGGUUUGGGUUUGUUUCCAGUCAAACUGCAGCUCCUUCUUGUGCAUGUCGAUACUCUAGGCUUUUAUUUUGAAGGGUUUCUCUAUUUUCAGAAAUGCUUUGUGGUGUGAAGUUGCUGUCUUCUAAGGGUUUCCUGCUGUCUGCUCGCCCGCCUUCUGUUGCCUUACUGACUCUUUCCUUAUUCCAGCAGCUGAUAAUCACGUCUCUUCAGCUUUAGCUCACUUCUAGCUGCCUGUGGUUGUUUCCUGUCUCAACAUCCAGUUUGGUUUUGUCUUUUUUUUUUUUUUUAGGCGCAUAUAAAAUGUACAGUUCUGUUAUUUAAAGAAUGUUUAUGCCCUUUAGUGUUAUUUUUUUUAAAGUCGUUUGCGUUUUCCC